AUGGAAAAUCAGACUGAAAAUUUCUCAAUGGAGAAUGAAACAACAAAUCCGUAUCCUGAAAAUCGCAUGAGUGAUUCUAAUGGUUUGAUUCCAGUAAUAAGUUAUUACAUAGCCCCAGAGAUUACAACAAAGAAAUCAUUUCCAUGUCGAACAGUUUCAAAAAAGCUCAUUCGAUUUCCAGCACUCGAAUAUUUUAAUGAGAAUAUUUCAGAGCAAUUUCUCAAUAAAAUAAAUCAACAUUGGCUUAAUUCCCCACCACAGCCCCCAAGCUCUCAUUACAUUUUAGCUACGAUUUAUGGAGCUAUGAUACUUUUUGGCAUAACUGGUAAUGCUUUGGUGAUAUUUCUCUUCGUAAGAAGCCCAAGCGUAAGAACGCCACCAAAUACUUUGAUAUUAAAUUUAGCAAUCAGUGACUUCAUUAUCAUGCUGGAAGCUCCCAUCAUCAUUUACAAUUCCUUCCAUUUUGGUCCUGCUGCUUGUAAAAUUAAUGGUUUGUUAGGAGCAGUCGGUGGAACGGUUGCCAUCAUGACAAUAUGUGUAAUUAGUAUAGACAGAUACAAUGUCAUUGUAUACCCAUUGAACUCAUCUCGUUUUGCAACAAAUAAUCGAUCUCGAAUAAUGAUUCUUGUCGUGUGGGUGUAUUCAUUACCCUUUGCAGCUUUUCCUUUCUUCGAAAUUGGAGGUGUAAAAGGUUACGUCCCAGAAGGGUUCCUAACUGCUUGUAGUUUUGAUUAUCUCGACAAGUCAUCGAUAAAUUUUUGGUUUAUUUUCAUUUACGCUUCGGCUGCUUAUUUCGUUCCAUUAACAAUAAUAAGCUAUUGCUACCUACAUAUAUUGUUGGUGGUCGUAGCAGAAAAAAAGAUUCAAUCAAAUCAAAAGAAACAUAAAGUAGAAAUGAAGCUCGCCGCUAUCGUCAUGGGAAUUAUUGGAUUGUGGUUCAUGGCAUGGACACCAUAUUGCAUUGUUGCCCUAAUAGGACUUUUUGGAAACCAAGAAACACUUAGUCCACUUGCAAGCAUGAUUCCAGCUAUUUUAGCAAAGACUGCCGCUUGUGUUGAUCCUUAUUUUUAUGCUGUAACUCACCCCAGAUUUCGCAGUGAAUUAGAAAGAAUUUUCUGUUCAUCGCGUUAUAAAUUGAGAAGAAAUAAUCAAAAUUCUUUCAACAAUCGGGACGCGUCGAGGCGACAUAAUAAGAUUGGAAGUGACUUUGAAACCAUUGAAAUUGGAUCUCUAAACAAGGAACAAAAACGUGGACAUUAUCAAAGAAAUGACAGUUCAUCGUUUGAUGAGAUGUCACUUUACGAUGUAUCCAAGACGAGACCAUUAAAAGAUUUAAGUAAACUUUAUUCUCACCCAGUCAUUGGCAUUGAAUUGAAUAAAAAAUCAGCGUUUCGAUUAAAGUUUUCCUCUGUAAUUCCCGCAAUCGUAGGAUUUUUAUUUCCCACACUUCUUCCCAUUGCACACAUCGUCGUUUUAUGGUAUUUUUGGCAGGCUUACGCUCGAUUUGUGGAUAAAAGAUUCUGUUCAUGUUCAUGUUGGGACACAGUUUUUAAAGCAACCUAUGAAUCCGGAAUAGCGUCUUACAAGAAUUUCUACUUUAAUGCGACACUCAACACACUCAAAAUUUGGCUAUUUAUUGUAAUUGGAAUCAUAUCACUCUAUGAAUCGAUGAAAUAUCUUGCGAAACUCAUCAUAUCCAAGCAGUUACGUUAUUCAAUGGCAUUUUUGUUUUGUCUAUCAAUAUUCUCACACUACUAUGCAUGGUGGGCCUAUCUGAACUAUCUCAACGACGACUUCUAUUUGCAGUGGUAUCAUCAAACCUUUUUCACUUUGACUGAACUUUUUUCCACAACAUUUGUUCUCCAUCUUGCCAAUAAAGAAAAUUACGUCACUUCCAGAAAAGUGUUGUGCAUUGUGGGUGUUGCUUUACUUCAUAUCAUUGCAGGGAGUGUUGACCAAUUUAUACAAAAUGUUUUCCUCGGUGAAGGAUAUUUGCACCAGAUCGUGAGAGACGUUGGAUUCAUGAUUCCCGACAUUAUUCAUCUGGUUGUUCCACUGGUUGUUUUAAGAAGGGAAACAUUAAUUAACAAACCAUUACAUCGAGAUAAAACUAUCAGAAGAGACAUCUUAUGCAUGUUUGGAUUCGUUGGAAUCUUGUUUUUCAUUGUUUCCCUUCUGUAAAUAUAAUACUGAAGUUCAAAAGUUUUCCAGUACAAGCCAAUGUUGUUAUUUGUUUGUCAACAUUAACAUUUAAUUUGAGUCAUCUUCAAAGUCUCGUGAGUCUACACAACUUAUCAAACAAGAAACAUAAACAAAUAUUUAAUAAAAGCAAGUCAAUCGGAAAACAGAUUUUAAAGCGAAACAUGAUAAAUAAAUAAAAAGUUGAAAGAUGUGAAACGCCAUUCAUAAGGAAAAGUUUUAAUACCACGUUCAACAUCAACUGUAUGAAUAAUUAAUUAUUGCGUUGAGACUUCAUUAGUUCCAUAAACAAUGUUUUAGGUCAUAUCGUAGAAGACAAUAAAGUGUAGAGAAAGAAGUUCAAUAAUAAAUGUUACGAUAAACUUUCUAGAUCGUCUAGAUUCUUUCAAUGGAACUUAAAAUAAACAAAUUUGAUGUAGGAAUCAAAAUAAACGAAUUGACACAUGAACAUGAUUAUUUUCAAGAAUGUAUAAAACGAAAGUAUUUUUGAGACUUCCCACCGCAUUUCGCAAAAGUUAAAUGUUAAUUUACAAGAACUUUUAUAGAAGCAAAACAAGAUUUUGUAAGUGACAUAAACGAAAUGGAAAAUUUCAGAAAUAGACGCUCAUAUCAAAAAUAAAAUUUUCAAUGUUAAGUUGUCAGAAAUAAAAGUAAAACAUGCAAUUUAAAAUAAAUAUAAAACUUUGUUAACGACACUAAACAUUAAUUAACUUCAUGUUCAACUUAAUCAAAGUUUUUAAACACCAGAUAAAUGAAUAUUCGUAUACAUAUGACUUACUUUGUUUAACAGACGACUGAUGAGAAGAAGCAGAAUGGAACUAUUGUUGGACAAUUAAGAAAAUUUUUGUAAAAUGAAAUUUCACCUUUUAAAAGAAAGGAAGAAGAGAAGAAUAAAAUUUGAGAUCAUUGAAA